AUGGACGGAGGAGCACAGGUGGCCACCACUGCGGCCGGAGGUGGACCGGCGCCAUUCCUCUUGAAGACGUACGAGAUGGUUGACGACACGGCGACGGACGACAUCGUAUCAUGGAGCGGGAGCAUGAAGAGCUUCGUGGUGUGGAACCCACCGGAAUUCGCACGCGUCCUUCUUCCCUGCUACUUCAAACACAAUAACUUCUCCAGCUUCAUCCGCCAGCUCAACACCUAUGGAUUUAGGAAAAUUGAUCCGGAAAAAUGGGAAUUUUCUAAUGAAGAAUUUGUGAAAGGUAAAAAACAUCUUCUAAAGAAUAUCCAUCGCAGAAAGCCUAUACACAGCCACAGUCAACCUCAAGGUUCUGUUGAUCCGGAAAGAGCAGCAUUUGAGGAAGAAAUUGAGAAGUUGUCACUUGAAAAGACUACUCUUGAAGGAGAUAUUUUGGGAUUUGAACAACAGCAGUCUACUGCAAAGCUCCAGUUGGAAAGCCUAAAACAACGUGUAGGUAGCAUGGAGCUGCGGCAGGAGAGAUUGCUGACCUUCCUGGACAAAGCAGUUCAGAAUCCCGAGUUUGUUGAACGCCUUGCUCAGAAGCUUGAAUCAAUGGAUCUUUCAUCAGAUAAUAAGAGGAGGCGACUCCCUCAGGUUGAUGACUUCCCCCAGACAAUUCAGGAAAAUAUUUUUGUUGAUAAUCACAGCUGCUCUAGGCCUGAGUUCGGUAACGUAUUUCAGCAAGACUUUUGCAAUAAGCUCAGGCUGGAGUUGUCACCUGCUGUUUCGGACAUCAACUUGCUUUCACACAGCACACAAAGCUCCAAUGAAGAUGGGGAUAGUCCUGAAGGGAGGAUGGACGGAUGGUCCAAAGAUGUGCACUCAAGGACUGAGGGUGUUUUAUGCUUCCCUGAAGAGUUAGACCUAUCAGAUUCAUCUUUGUCGUGUAAAGCAGGACCCGAAAGCCCAAAACUUCAUUCCUUGCAGCGAUGUUUCAGUGCAUAUGAUGAAGGCGAUGGUCUUAUCUCCUGCCAACUAAAUCUUACUCUAGCAUCUUCUUCUUUGGAACCUGACAAAAGUAAAAACUCUGAUAGAAUGGCUCCCUCAGGUCAGGAAAUCGGAACUGAACCAAGGUUUAAUAUUCACCCAGAUAUCAGAACUCAUUCUGAUAAUGAUCCCACCUUAUCUUCACCACACAAGGGUCAUAAGGAGAAGCAAGUGCCAGCAACUGGCCAGAAUCGGGUGAAUGAUGUGUUCUGGGAACAAUUUUUGACUGAAAGACCAGGAUGUUCUGAUACUGAAGAGGCAAGCUCUAAGUUUAGGUCAAACUCUUACGAUGAACAGGAAGAGAAGAAACCAGUCCAGUUAAUAUCUAGAACACAGGAUGUGGAGCAUCUCACACUCGGAUAA